AUGAACAACCAAGUGGCGCAUCCGUCAUCGUCGUCGUCCAGCGACGCCUUCUCCUUCAUCUCCAAGGGAUGGCGGGAGGUCCGUGACUCGGCCGACGCGGAUCUCCAGCUCAUGCGUGCCCGGGCCAACUCGUUCAAGAACCUCGCCUCGUCCUUCGACCGCGAGCUCGAGAACUUCUUCAAUUCCGCCUCCACCUCGCUCGUCGCGCCGCCAUCGGAGAACAAUUUCGUCAAGAAAUUGCAGCCGAAGAUAUCGGAGUUCCGGAGGGUGUACUCGGCGCCGGAGAUCAGCAAGAAGGUUCUCGAGAAGUGGGGGCCUACCAGGGCCAAAUUGGCGAUUGAUUUGUCAAGCAUAAGGAACGCUCUCGUGUCUGAGGUCGAGGGGUACGAUUAUGAUGGGGACAGGAAUGGAAGCGUGGAGUUCGAUAGGGUGUGGAGAGGGAGGAGGAGGCUCAAGUUCAAGGAGUUCUGGGGCGAGUGGAAAGAUGAGGAGGAGAACGAAGGGAACCAGACUGAAGAGUGGAAGCCCAUUCGAGAUUUGAAGAAGCGGUUUAAGGAGCUGGAGAAGAAAAGCGAGUUGGGUGAGAUAUUUGAGGGGUUUAAGAACAGUGAGCUCGUGGAGAAGGUCAAAUCCAGCCUGAAAUCAAUUCGCAAGGAUCCCCAAGAAUCACAGGAAGUACCACCACUUGAUGUACCUGAACUUUUGGCAAGUUUGGUGAAGCAAUCUGGGCCCUUUUUGGAUCAGAUCGGUGUCAAAAGAGAUAUAUGUGACAAGAUAGUGGACAGCUUGUGUAGUAAACGCAAGAACCAACUUCUACUGCACUCACUAUCAAGUGGAGAAUCCUCUCUCGUUGGGGACGACAACAAUGGCAAUACUGAUGAGCUUGAUGUGAGAAUCGCCAGUGUCCUUCAAAGUACAGGUCAUCAUUACGAAGGUGGAUUUUGGACAGACAACGCCAAAUAUAUCCCAGAGGACGGGAGGCGGCAUGUUGCCAUUGUCACAACCGCUAGUCUUCCUUGGAUGACUGGAACAGCUGUCAAUCCACUUUUCCGAGCAGCAUAUUUGGCACAAUCAGAUAAAAGAAAUGUCACCUUGUUAGUUCCAUGGCUAUGCAAGUCAGAUCAGGAAAUUGUUUACCCCAACAGCCUCACAUUUAGUUCACCAGAAGAGCAAGAGAGCUACAUUCGGAACUGGCUAGAGGAAAGAAUUGGGUUUAAGGCUGAUUUUAGAAUAUCCUUUUACCCGGGAAAGUUCUCCAAGGAAAGAAGAAGCAUAAUCCCAGCGGGCGAUACUUCUCAGUUUAUACCAUCUAAGGAAGCUGACAUAGCUAUUCUGGAAGAACCUGAACAUUUGAACUGGUAUCAUCAUGGUAGGCGCUGGACUGAUAAGUUCAAUCAUGUUGUUGGAAUUGUCCACACAAAUUACCUGGAAUACAUUAAGAGAGAGAAGAAUGGGGCUUUGCAAGCUUUCUUUGUCAAACACAUCAACAACUGGGUUGCACGAGCAUACUGCCAUAAGGUUCUCCGUCUUUCUGGUGCAACACAAGAUAUGCCAAAGUCAGUAGUGUGCAAUGUACAUGGUGUCAACCCAAAGUUUUUGCGCAUAGGUGAGAAAGUAGCUGCAGAUAGAGAACUUGGGCAGCAUGCAUUCUCUAAAGGAGCCUACUUCUUAGGCAAGAUGGUCUGGGCUAAGGGAUACCGAGAGUUGAUAGAUUUGCUGGCCAAACACCAGACUGAUCUUGAUGGCUUUAAGGUGGAUGUAUAUGGGAAUGGCGAGGAUGCACUUGAAGUUAAGAGUGCCGCUAAAUCACUGAACUUGAAUCUCAAUUUCCUCAAAGGAAUCGAUCAUGCUGACUCUUCUCUCCACGGGUACAAAGUCUUCAUAAACCCAAGCAUCAGCGACGUGCUCUGCACAGCUACAGCCGAGGCACUCGCAAUGGGGAAAUUCGUAGUAUGCGCAGAUCACCCGUCGAACGAGUUCUUCAGAUCAUUUCCGAACUGCUUGACGUACAAAACAUCCGACGACUUCGUUGCAAAGGUGAAGGAAGCAAUGGAGAAAGAGCCUCAACCUCUGACUCCCGAGCAAAGCUACAACCUCUCUUGGGAGGCUGCCACCCAGAGAUUCAUGCAACACUCCGACCUCGACAAGAUUCUGACAGAAGACGGAGGAGCUGCCACCGCCACAACGAGACCACCCAUGCCAGCCGUGCCCAAGGCCUCGGAGGUGCUCGACGGCGGUCUGGCAUUCGCGCACUACUGCCUCACCGGGAACGAGUUCCUGAGACUAUGUACUGGCGCAACACCUGGGACUAGAGACUACGAUAAGCAGCACUGUAAGGAUCUAAGGCUGUUGCCCCCGCAUGUAGAGAACCCAAUUUACGGUUGGUAG